AUGUCGUCCAAACCUCUUGCACGAGAACGUAAACCGUCCAUUGGCGUCCCUGUCGCUGAACUUCAAGCCGUGGGACCUGGUUUCAGUCGUCCCAAGCACAAGAGGACAUUCACGGGGUUUGGCCCCGCAGAGAUUAAGGCUGUGGAAGCUAGUAUUCCGGAGCAUCUUAGGGAGACAUGGAGAAAAUAUUCCGCCACAGGUUUCGAGAACAAGGAAGAAUUUGAGCGAGAGUUUGUUCGACAUAUCUAUACGACUCUGGCCCGUUCGCUCUACAAUUGCGAUGAUCUAGCCGCAUACUCAGGCACGGCCCUUGCGUUUCGUGAAAGACUGAUCAUCGAUUGGAACAAGACACAACAACGCCAGACUUUGGUAGACCAGAAGCGUGUCUACUAUUUGUCACUUGAGUUUUUGAUGGGUCGUGCUCUUGACAAUGCAAUGUUGAAUGUGGGCAAAAAGGAGACCGCCAAAGAGGGCCUGGAAGAUCUAGGCUUCCGCAUUGAAGAUGUCAUUAACCAAGAACAUGAUGCAGCGCUUGGAAAUGGAGGUCUUGGUCGUUUGGCUGCCUGUUUCCUUGACAGCAUGGCAACACUCAACUACCCAGCCUGGGGUUAUGGAUUGCGUUACAGGUACGGUAUCUUCAAACAAGAGAUAGUCGAUGGCUACCAGGUCGAAAUUCCAGACUAUUGGCUUGAUUUCAACCCAUGGGAGCUUCCGCGCCACGAUAUCACGGUCGAUAUUCAAUUCUACGGCCAAUCUGUCCGACACGAGGACGAGGAUGGUAAGGUGACCUACAAUUGGCAAGGUGGAGAGAUUGUGAAAGCUGUCGCAUAUGACGUGCCUAUUCCUGGUUAUGGCACCACAACCACGAACAACCUUCGAUUAUGGUCGAGUAAGGCAAGUAGUGGCGAGUUUGAUUUUCAAAAAUUCAAUUCUGGCGAAUACGAAAGUGCUGUAUCUGAUCAGCAACGCGCCGAGACAAUCUCAGCAGUCCUCUACCCGAAUGAUAAUCUUGAUCGUGGCAAAGAACUUCGGUUGAAACAGCAGUACUUCUGGUGCGCAGCUUCUCUGUAUGAUAUUGUGCGCCGAUUCAAGAAGACAAAGCGUGCAUGGUUCGAGUUCCCGGAUCAGGUUGCAAUUCAGCUGAACGAUACUCACCCCACACUCGCGAUUGUUGAGUUGCAGCGCAUUUUGAUCGAUCUGGAAGGUCUCGAAUGGGACGAAGCAUGGAAGAUUGUUGUCAGCACUUUCGGAUAUACCAACCACACUGUUCUCCCAGAAGCUUUGGAGAAAUGGUCUGUUCCUCUCAUGGAGCACCUACUGCCCCGGCACCUUCAGAUCAUCUACGACAUCAAUUUGUUCUUCUUGCAAGAUGUGGAAAAGAAGUUUCCUAAUGACCGUGAUCUGUUGGCACGAGUCUCCAUUAUCGAGGAAUCUCGGCCCAAGAUGGUCCGUAUGGCUUAUCUGGCUAUCAUUGGGUCUCAUAAGGUCAAUGGUGUUGCAGAACUACAUUCCGAUCUCAUCAAGACAACCAUUUUCAAGGACUUUGUAAACAUCUACGGUCCAGAUAAGUUUACCAACGUCACGAACGGUAUCACUCCACGUAGGUGGUUGCACCAGGCAAAUCCCCGACUGUCAAAAUUGAUAGCGUCCAAGCUGGGUGGUUAUGACUUCUUGACCGAUUUGACGCUCUUGGACGGCAUCGAGCGCUUUGUUGACGACAAGGAAUUCCGCAGGGAGUGGGCUGAAAUCAAGACAGAGAACAAGAAGCGACUCGCUAACCACAUCAAAGAUACGACUGGGUAUGCUGUCGAUCCAACCGCCCUAUUUGAUGUUCAAGUCAAGCGUAUUCAUGAAUAUAAGCGACAGCAGCUCAACAUUUUUGGCGUGAUCCAUCGAUACCUGAAGAUUAAAUCGAUGACGCCGGAAGCACGCAAGAAGUUGGUUCCCCGUGUGUCAAUCUUCGGAGGCAAAGCCGCCCCUGGGUACUGGAUGGCAAAGACGAUUAUCCAUCUGAUCAACAAAGUAGGCCAGGUGGUGAACAACGACAGUGACGUGGGUGAUUUGCUCAAAGUCAUCUUUAUUGAGGACUACAAUGUAAGCAAGGCGGAGCUCAUUGUGCCUGCUUCGGACAUUAGCGAGCACAUUUCAACAGCCGGUACAGAAGCUAGUGGAACCAGCAACAUGAAGUUUGUGCUCAAUGGAGGGUUGAUCAUCGGAACGUGUGAUGGUGCCAAUAUCGAAAUUACGCGUGAAAUAACGGAGUCAAACAUCUUUCUCUUUGGCAAUCUCGCCGAAGACGUCGAGACCCUUCGCGAGACUCACAGAUACAAGGGCUUCACACUAGACGAAGACCUGGCCAAAGUUUUCGAGUCAAUUCGAUCUGGCACUUUUGGCGAUGCCAAAGCAUUCGAAUCGUUGAUCGCUUCCAUCGCUGACCACGGAGAUUACUACCUGGUCUCGGACGACUUCAAAUCGUACAUCCAGACCCAGGAACUGGUUGACGAGGAUUUCCGGAAACAGGAUGAGUGGAUUGCCAAGUCGAUCAGCAGUGUUGCUCGAAUGGGAUUCUUCUCGACUGACCGUGUGAUUGAUGAGUAUGCAGAGAGUAUCUGGAACGUGGAGCCACUUGUCGUGGAGUAG